AUGUCUCGGUUCCUCUUCACGUCCGAGAGCGUUACGGAGGGUCAUCCGGAUAAGUUGUGCGACCAGGUGUCUGACGCGAUACUUGAUGCGUGCUUGAGAGUGGAUCCACGAGCGAAAGUAGCUUGCGAGGCCUGCACGAAGACGCAGUUUGUCAUGGUGUUUGGGGAGAUUACCAUGACGGGCUCGGUGGACUACGAGAAAGUUGUUCGCGAGACUGUAUUGGCUAUAGGCUAUGACGACGUGUCGAAAGGCAUGGACGGGCGAACCAUGGAAGUGAAGGUGGAGAUAGAAGAGCAGAGUCCGGAGAUUGCAGCUGGAGUACAUGUUAAUCGAGUGGCGGCGGAUGUAGGGGCAGGGGACCAGGGCCACGUCUUUGGGUUUGCUUGCGAUGAGACGCCGCAGUACAUGCCCAUGUCGCACUCGAUUGCGCAGAGACUGGCACAUCGACUGUCUGUGAUCCGCAAGGACGGGACGGCGCCGUUGCUGCGGCCGGAUGGCAAGACUCAAGUCACUAUGGAGUACGAGAAGUCCGCGGACGGUGCAAUCAAGCCGGUGCGGGUUCAUACGGUUGUUGUCUCGGCGCAGCACGACCCGCGGCUAGGCUUGGAAGAGUUACGGAGCAUUGUAUUGGACCAGGUGGUCAAACCCAUCAUCCCGGAGACCCUGCUAUCUCCCGAGACGCGGUACUUGAUCAAUCCUUGCGGGCUUUUUACGGUCGGCGGGCCUCACGGAGAUGCAGGCCUCACGGGCCGUAAGAUCAUUGUUGACACCUAUGGCGGUUGGGGCAGUCAUGGCGGCGGCGCCUUUUCCGGCAAGGACUCUACCAAGGUGGACCGUUCGGCUGCCUACAUGGCCCGCCACGUCGCGAAGUCCCUGGUCGCCAACGGCUACUGCAAAAGAUGCCUCGUCCAGAUAAGCUACGCCAUCGGCGUUGCACAGCCCCUCAGCGUCUACGUCAACACUUUCAACUCCUGCCUCUACACAAGCGACGCUGUCCUGGAAGACGUUGUCCAUAAACACUUUGACCUCCGACCCGGCAAAAUCGUGGAGUACCUCAGACUGCUCUCCCCCGUCUUUCUCCAAACCGCUGCAUACGGACACUUUGGCCGUGACGGCUUUGCCUGGGAAAACACUCGCGACCUCUCCGAGGAACUCUGCCUCCGCCGUCUCCACCUGGGUCGUGCCUGA